AUGGAUUUCGCUAAAACCGUUUUGAAAUCACCACUUUUCACUCGUCCUUAUACGGUCGGUGCUUCGGUUCUAAUUGGAGCACUAUUAUACGAACAGAUCCGUUAUCGCGCAAAGAAAGCGCAUCUGCCAGGCCCAAGUUUCACAAUCCCGCUGAUCGGAUCGCUUUUGGAGUCACUAUAUCCAAGCUUUGAAGGGUAUCUGAAUCAAUGGAAGUCUGGUGCUCUCUCCGUCGUGUCUGUCUUUCAAUAUUUUAUAGUCAUUGCUUCUACGUGCGAUUUAAGUCGAAAGAUUUUGAGCUCGCCGAAUUUGUUUGAGCCUGUUAUGGUUGGAUCUAUGAAGGACAUCCUUGAUCCUCACAAUUGGGUGUUUAAAGAAGGAAAAGACCAUAUUGAAUAUCGUAAAAGUUUGAAUGUGCUCUUUACUCGUAAAGCGCUUGGAGGCUAUUUAGGCAACCAAGAACGUGCAUAUAGAAAGAACUUUGCCGACUGGCUUGCAAGCAGUGGUGUAAUAGAGCCAUACCAAAACCGCAUCCGAAACCUGAACAUGGACACUUCCAUCUCCGUGUUUUGUGGUGACUACAUCUCUGAAGAAGUCACUCUAGAAAUAUCUGAAAAGUUCCGCUGUAUCACUGCCGCACUUGAUCUAGUCAACUUCCCUCUCGCUCUGCCUGGAACGCGAGUAUGGCACGCCAUCCAAGCUCGUAAAUAUAUUGUCCACCAUUUCGAAAUUGCUGCUAGCAAAAGUAAAGCUCGUAUGGAACAUGGAGAGCCCGUGACUUGCUUGAUGGACGCUUGGAUUCAAUGGAUGUUGGGAAGCCAGGAGGGCUUAGAUGAGAAUGGUGUAGAAGAUAGUCCAAAGAGGAAGGACGAACGUCGUAGUUUUUCUGAUAACGAGAUUGCUUUGACUGUCUUGACAUUCCUGUUUGCAUCGCAGGAUGCUACCACCAGUGGAUUGACGUGGUGCUUCCAGUAUUUAGCCGAUUAUCCAGACGUGCUUGCCAAAGUACGAGCCGAAGUAGAUGGGAUACGUAAACGAAAGCCAGAGAUCUGGGGUGCAGACGAGAGUGGUUUGCAAAUGCCUUCGUUGAGUCUCGAGUUGGUUGAUGAGUUGCAGUAUACUCGGGCAGUCAUCAAGGAGGUCUUACGAGUCAGACCGCCAGUAUUGAUGAUACCAUACAAGGCCAAAUCCGAUAUAACAGUUGAUGAGACGUCAAUCGGAAAAGGUCUAGGAUCGCAUUACCCAGGAGAUGACUCUAAAUCCUGGUUUGGAUCUUACACAAUCCCGAAAGACUCAAUGGUCAUCCCAUCAUUUUGGUUUGCACUUCACGACCCCGAUGUGUAUCCAAACCCCGAUGACUUCGACCCAGAGAGGUUUCUGAAUCCUAAAGGAUUUGAGGCUAAUGCUGUUGAGGGACGAAACUAUAUGGUUUUCGGAUGUGGGAAUCAUUAUUGUCUUGGUCGAGAAUAUGCAGUGGUACAUAUGACAAGUGUGAUGGCCUUGGCGGCUUCCUGUCUCAAUUGGGAACAUGUUACCACACCCGACAGUAAUCGCAUCAAGAUUUUUGCGACAACAUAUCCAAUGGACGGUUGCCUGUUGCGAGUUACUCCAAGGACUAUGCACUCUGACAGGGCUUCUCGAGUUUGA